AUGAGUGACCUAUCAAAAUUCCUCAGCAUUCCUUUGACAAGAAAAACUUCAACAGAUCACUUUGAAAUUAAAGAUGAAUUCACUUCUAAUUACUCUAAAGCAAAGUAUGAGCAAGAUCAGUUGUAAAUAGUUGAACUGAAUUCAACAGCUGAUAAACUAAGAACCACCAUCAAAUUCAUCAAGUAGUAAAGGCAAGGUCUUGAAGUUAGGAAUAAGAGUUUCAUAGAUUUUUAAAAGCAUAGGAUACAGCAAAGCAAGCUGAACAAUCCCGGUAUCGAAGUUCCUGCUGCCAGUCAAAAUCAGUCUAUCGCUCAGAACUACGAUUAAGCUACACUUUCACUUUUUGCUAAGAUACCUCAGAAUGUAGCUAGAAAACUCUAAAAGACAUUGAUUAAAGAUCUUCCCAGCUAUGAUCAAUAGUACCGAGCUUAUGCUAGACUUGAAGAAGAGCAAAAGUAGAGAUUGUAUGAAUAAAUUCAUCAAAAGCAUUUGGAAUUCUAAAAAAGAUCGAUUGAAAAUAAUAGCACUCUAGUGGAAGAAACAUAAUAAACUACUAAGAAUAGUCCCACUCACAGAAAAUCAUUAACUAGUUUACCUCAGUUCAACAAAAUUAAAUCUCUUAAGAUGAGCAAUUAAUUUCAAAGUCAUGAUGAGAAGAUAAUCCCUCUAAAGAAUCUACCAAUAAAAGGCUUAAAAGAUGGAGUAGAAUUCGAAAACACUACUUCAAAUUUUUUGGCAGCCUAGUAUUAUCAGAAUAAAAACUUAUUGCAUAGCUCAAAAAGUUAAAAUAAGAUACCAGUUCCAGGAUCUCCUAGUAAAAUUGCUACAAUGAGAAGCGGGUAAACAUUUACAGAUUUUGCAAUGACAAAUAAAAACUAGCUUUAAAAGUUGUAAAGAGAUGCAAGUUCAAAAUCUCAAGUAGGGUUCGGUAUAAGUUACUUACCCACUAAUCAUUCGGUGUCAUUACUAAAAUAAAACGCAUCUUAAAUUAACUUUUCAAAAGUAAUUGACCAAUCUCCAGAUCAUAAGACAACAUAGCAUUUUCAAAGAAGGUAAAGCUACUACCAAAGAAGAUAGUAGUACAAAUCAGUUCAUGGAGGAACUGUCUACUAAACUAGCAUUAGGGAAUAAUCUGGGUUCGAUCCGAUCCAAGAGACUAUGAAGAAGAUUAAUAAAAAAACUCCUUUAAACAACCGGAGGAUGCUGACUAGAUAAAACACAAGGAAGUAAUUUUAAAGCAUGAUGAUAAGAGAAGAUCAAAGCAGCGAGGAUAGUUUCAAUGAAUAAUACAGCAAAAAGGUUUCAGAGUUUGAUAGUCCUAAAGUUUAACUAUUCUAGUUCGGAAACUAACCAGAUAAAAUGAUCAAAGUUCAGAGUGUUUCUGUGUUAGAACCAGAACAAAAUUAGAAAGAACAAAAUGAUUAAUAAGUUAAUUAGCCUAGUGAAAUUGAUUAAACAGUAAAGAUAUUUGAUGAACCAAUUCAGGAUUAAAAUCACAGCAACAGUAAAGUUUCUCAUAAUCGGCCAAGUUUCCUCUAUAGACAAUAAAGAAUACUUGGGAAAAUACCCUCUAACUUCAAAACUUUCAUUCGGAAUACUUAAAAGGUAUCGGAACUGCUUUCAUAAUGUAAAAAUGCCAACAAUUUAUGA